AUGGCGGAACGCGUGGGAAAACGACCCUGUGGCCCGGGUGAACACGGCCAAAGGAUUGAGUGGCGGAAAUGGAAAAAGCAGAAAAAAGAGGAGAAAAAGAAGUGGAAGGCCCUCAAGCUGAUGAAAAAACUUGAGCGGCAGCGGGCACAGGAGGAACAGGCAAAGCGCCAGGAGGAGGAGGAGGCAGCACUGCAGAGCGAGGACCAAGGGCGGCCUUACACCCUGAGCGUGGCCCUGCCAGGCUCCAUCCUGGACAACGCCCAGUCGCCUGAGCUUCGCACCUACCUGGCCGGCCAGAUUGCUAGAGCCUGUGUCAUCUUCUGUGUGGAUGAGAUUGUGGUGUUUGACGAAGAGGGCCAAGACGCCAAGACUGUGGAGGGGGAAUUCAUGGGAGUCGGCAAGAAGGGGCAGGCAUGUGUACAGCUGGCCCGAAUCCUGCAGUACCUGGAGUGUCCACAGUACCUGAGAAAGGCAUUCUUCCCCAAGCACCAGGAUCUACAGUUUGCAGGACUGCUUAACCCCUUGGACAGCCCUCACCACAUGCGGCAGGAUGAGGAAUCCGAGUUCCGAGAGGGCAUUGUGCUGGAUCGGCCCACCCGGCCAGGCCACGGCUCCUUUGUCAACUGUGGCAUGAAGAAGGAGGUGAAGAUUGACAAGAACCUGGAGCCUGGACUCCGAGUGACUGUGCGACUGAACCAGAAGCAGCUCCCAGAAAGCAAGACGUACCGUGGAAAAGUUGUAUCAUCACAGGACCCUCGUACCAAAGCUGGUCUCUACUGGGGCUACACCGUCCGGCUGGCCUCCUGCCUCAGUGCUGUGUUUGCCGAGGCGCCCUUCAAGGACGGUUAUGACCUGACCAUUGGGACGUCAGAGCGAGGCUCCGAUGUGGCCUCCGCCCAGCUUCCCAGCUUCAGGCACGCGCUGGUGGUGUUCGGGGGCCUAGAGGGGCUAGAAGCUGGAGUGGAUGCUGACCCCAACCUGGAGGUCACUGAACCCAGUGUCCUCUUCGACCUGUACGUCAACACCUGCCCCAACCAGGGCAGCCGCACCAUCCGCACCGAGGAAGCCAUCCUCAUCUCCCUGGCUGCCCUGCAGCCCAGCCUCACUCAAGCAGGUGGCCGGCCCAGCUGA